GCUCCGCCGCCCGCCCAGCACUGCUUCAGCGACCCGGCUGAGAUGGAGGCCCUGCGCGGGGACCUGCUGGCUUGGUACGACCGGUGCAAGCGGGACCUUCCCUGGAGGACGCUGGUGAGGAGAGGCGAGGCGAAGGGAGGCAGGGGUGCCGCGGCGGGGAGCCGGCCCCUCCGCCUUCAGGGAGCGUCUCUGGGGUGCCCACGGUGGCUUUGGUGCUGCGGUGCGUCCCUCGCUGCGCGGAAGAGGGAGGCGGCGCUGGGAACGGGAGCAUGCUCCCAGCCAGCCCCGGCAGUUCCGCGGUAAGUGCUCUGCAGCCAGCCCCUACGGAGGACGAAUAAAGCAGGGCACAGGGUGAAACCGUGCUUCUUGACCACGACUUCUAACCAGGGGUACUUUUUCUAUGGUUCUUAGUCUUUUAAAAGUGUUUUGUUCCUCCCUCUGUGAUACCCUGCAGCAGUGAGCGCUGCAUGGAAAGCCUUUUCCGUGUAUUUGCUUUAAGCCCAUCAAAGUAUUUUUAUUCAAGCUCCUACAUACUCUGUGCUCAGCUUGGCAAAAGGGCCUAGACAGUGGUUGUGGUGCCAGGGGUGUGCGUGGGCUUUACAGCAGCGUCUGUCUAGAUGGUGCUAGAAAUUGCACAACCCUUCGCUGGGGUUUACACCUGCCUGCUUCCCGUGCAGAGGGGCUCAGGUCUGGGACAGCUCCAACAGUGGGAUUGUGAACCUCUAAGGCAGUAACUGAGCCGGAUGCAGACAGACGGGCAUACGCAGUGUGGGUGUCUGAGAUCAUGCUCCAGCAAACGCAGGUGGCUACGGUGAUUGGCUACUACAACCGCUGGAUGCAGAAGUGGCCGACGCUGCAGGCUCUGGCGCAGGCGUCACUGGAGGAGGUGAACGAGCUGUGGGCCGGACUUGGCUACUACUCCAGAGGGAAGCGUCUGCAGGAGGCAGCAAGGAAGGUGGUGUCUGAGCUGGCCGGCCGGAUGCCCAGGACAGCUGAGGAGCUGCAGAGGCUGCUGCCAGGAGUGGGCCGAUACACGGCGGGAGCCAUCGCAUCCAUCUCCUACGGGCAGGCUACCGGUGUCGUGGAUGGGAACGUGAUCCGGGUCCUGUGCCGCCUGCGGUGCAUCGGUGCCGACUCCAGCAGCCCGGCCGUCAUCGACCGGCUCUGGGAUAUGGCCAAUGCCCUGGUAGACAGGAGCCGCCCAGGGGAUUUUAACCAAGCCCUGAUGGAGCUGGGGGCAACUGUGUGUGUGCCCAAGGCGCCGCUGUGCGAGGAGUGCCCUGUGAAGCAGCACUGCCGAGCAAGGCGCAGGGUGGAGAAGGAGCUGGCCUUUGCCUCUCAGAAGCUGUUUGGAAAACCCACCCCAGUGCCUGAUGUUGAGGACUGUGGUGUUGGGGGCUGUCCCUUGUGCCCCCCGGCUGCGGAGCCAUGGGACAGCAGCAUGGGGGUGACCAACUUCCCCCGGAAAGCAGCGAAGAAGCAGCCGCGUGUGGUGCGAACGGCCACGUGUGUGCUGGAGCGGAGGGGCUGCCAUGGGGCCCCGGAGUACCUCAUCGUGCAGAGACCCAGCUCGGGUCUCCUGGCCGGGCUCUGGGAGUUCCCAAGUCUCCCACUGGCUCAGGGUCUGCAGGAGGAGAAGCAGAGGGAGGCGCUGGCAGAUUAUCUUCAGGCCUGGAUGGGGCAGCCCGUGGCAGCUGGAAGCCUGCAGCUUAUCGGAGAGGUUGUCCACAUCUUCUCUCACAUUCACCAGACCUAUGUAGUCUACUCCCUGCCCCUGGAUGGGGACAUGACCCUGGACCCUGCCUUGUCCCCAUCCCGCUGGGUGACAGAGGAGGAGUUCCAUGCCUCGGCUGUGUCCACAGCCAUGAAGAAGGUGCUGAAAGUGCGUGAGAAGCAGCGUGGGAAGGAGAGCAGCUCCGGCACGGGCUCCAAGCGGAAGCGGGGGGCAAAAUCUCAGGGAGCGGGCAGCACCUGCCCUGGGACGCAGCUUUCCCUCCACGCCUUCCUCCGGGCCCCGACGGCCCCGUGACAGCACCUUCCACCUCUGAGCCCACCAGAGACCCGUAGUGCGAGUCCACUGGCUUCUCCAGCUCCCCUGUGGAAGUUGAGCCUUGAUGUGGCCACUGUGGCCCUGGAUAUGACCUGGAGCCAGGCUUGACUUCUCCCCCUGCCCUGGCUGGAGCCCUCAUGGGGUUGUUUGGCCCCGUACAGCCACCGCUCCAGCACUGCUGACGCGUGGCAGCAGGGUUUCUCUCUGGCAGCAGGAAGACUGGGGCCACAUCGCUCUCCUAGCCCCAGCCCUGGCUGCCUGCCUGCACCUCAUCCGCCAGACAGCAAUUGUGGAUGCUGCUGUACCCUUCCCGGCCUCCAAUAGCCCUUUUUAUACACUUGUUUUUACUGAACCUGAGCCACAGGCUUUCUAAUAAUAAAUCUACAGGAUGGAGGGUUUUUUAAGUGA